UGUACUCCUAAUGUUUGCUAGAUCAAAGAUGCCUAACACAAAACAAUUUUUUCCACAUAUACAGACAAAUAAGUCCAAUAAAAUGAUGACAAUUAGCUGUGGUCUCCUCACGUGGUUUGAAUUAACCCUGCUCCGACCUUUCUACAUAUUCAGUUUAGAAAGUAUACUUGCAGUCCAAGCACACAAAUUCAACAUACUUACCAGGAAGUUUAUCAUGUCAAUUAUCAACACAUUUCUUUUGCUUCAAGCACCUACGCUGUUUAAAUUAAAAUUUUUAUUGUCUUUCCAGCAUUUUGCAUUUGUAUAUAAUAAGAAGCUCAACUUCUAAAUUGUUUGCCAAUCAAUUUACCUCUGUUUCUUCCACUGCUAUUCUUCCUACACUUCUUUCAUUUAACCUCUUCUAGUCCUAAUCACAAGGCUAGAUGGCCUCAAAAUCACGUCAGCUUCAUAUCGUAUUCUUGCCACAACUUGCCCAUGGUAUCUUGAUCCCGACAGUGGACAUGGCCAGACUAUGUGCUAGGCAUGGAGUAAAGGUGACAAUUGCUACCACUCCACUCAAUGCUCAUCUCUUUGCUAAAACAAUUCAAAGAGAUAGGGAAUCAGGCUUUGAAAUCAGUACUUACAUAAUCAAAUUUCCUUCAGCUGAGGUUGGGCUACCUGAAGGAUGCGAGAAUGCGAGUUCCCUCACUUCACAAGAAAUGCAAACCAAGUUCCUCAAGGCUGCUAACCUUUUCCAACAACCACUUGAACAGCUCCUUGCAGAACUCCGCCCCGAUUGCCUUGUGGCUGGCAUGAUGUUUACAUGGGCUACAGAUGUUGCUAGCAAGUUCGGAAUUCCAAGGCUGGUUUUUCAUGGGACAAGCUGCUUCUCCAUUUCUAUCGUUGAUAGCGUAAUACGCCAUGCACCCUACAAAAAGAUAGCAACUGAUUUUGAAUUCUUUGAUGUGCCCGGCCUUCCGGACCAGAUAAAGAUGACAAAGAUGCAGCUUCCAGAUUUUAUGAAAGAAGAAGGGGGGAGUGAGCGGAGAAAGAUGAUGAAUGAAGCUUUAGAAUCAGAGCGGAUAAGCUUUGGAGUCAUCGUGAAUAGUUUCUACGAGCUGGAACCAGCAUACAGAGAACACUACUCCAAAGUUAUGGGAAAGAAGGCAUGGCAAGUUGGUCCUGUCUCACUCUGCAAUAAGGACAGCGAAGAUAAAGCUGAGCGGGGAAACGUAGCCUCGAUUGAUAGACAUGAGUGUUUAAGAUGGUUAGCCUCAAAGAAGCCUAACUCAGUUCUCUAUAUAUGUUUCGGAAGCUUGUCCAGGUUUUCAGCUGCUCAGCUAAAUGAGAUGGCUAAGGGUCUUGAAGCUUCUGGACAGAAUUUCAUUUGGGUUGUGAGAAAGGUAAAUGAUGAAGACAAAGAAGAGUGGUUGCCAGAAGGAUUUGAAGAGAGGAUGGAAGGGAAGGGUUUGAUAAUAAGGGGAUGGGCACCCCAAGUUCUAAUUCUUGAUCAUGAAGCUGUAGGAGGGUUCAUGACUCACUGUGGCUGGAACUCAACACUCGAGAGUAUCACUGCCGGGGUGCCAAUGGUGACUUGGCCUCUCCACGCUGAGCAAUUUUUUAAUGAAAAGCUUAUUGUAGAUGUUCUAAAAAUAGGAGUCUGUACCGGAGCCAAGGAAUGGUCUAGAUGGGCAGAUGAUACAAAGAUUAUAGUGACCAGCGAAGACAUACAAAAGGCAGUGACUCAGUUAAUGGUUGGCGAAGAAGGUGAGAAAAUGAGAAACCGAACUAGGGAAUUGAAAGAUAUGGCGAGGAGGGCUGUGGAAGAAGGGGGAUCAUCCUACUCUGAUUUGAAUGCUUUAUUAGAUGAAUUGAGAUUGAACUGCCUUCCAAAAUAGCUAUCAAAUGCUGCUACGCCACUUCGUAAAAAAUUGUACUACUAUAGAAAAGAAAGUAAUAAAACUUAGAAGUUUGAAAGGGAUGAAUUAUAAAGAUAUUAGGCUUUAGCAUUCAUUGCUUUCUCGCUGGAAGUCCACUGAUUGAACUAUGAAUUGAAAUUUUCUUC